GUCUGCCUAGGGGACCCAUGCCUAUGCUCACUCUCUUCCUAAGUCUUCUGGCCCUAGUGGAAGCCAGUUAUGUUCAGAGAGGUAUGGCCUUCCUUGCCUUUCCUGCUUAUGGAUUCCUUUCCUAUGAAAUGAACAAGGGCAUGAAGCAGUAGCGAAGGACUCCUUGCCCUCCAUUAUAAAAGCCCAUCUCUUGGUCCACUGACAUACAUACGUUCUAAGAAUUCCAAACAGGAGUCCUAUCGUUAUCUAGAAUUCAACCCCUAAAGGGACUGCCCAUGCUCUGUCUAUGCCCCAGCGUCUAUGCCAGGUCUGUGGAGAACCCUCCAGAGCCAGAGGAGCAUGGGCAGAGACAGCCCUUCUUUUAGCUGCUUGUCCCCCUCUCAUGCCUGAACUCCUCCCACAAUUCCUGCUGAGCUAAUUGAAUCAAGUGCUUAGAAAUUAAAUCCAAUUGAAGACAUUAAAUGUGCUGGGGUCACUUUAGCUGAAGCUUUCAGUCUCAGCAGGUCACUCUUCCAGAGAAGCCACUGGGCAGGCGAGAGGAUCACAUGGGACACUGCCACCACACCAUCUAGACCCACCAGACACUGCCCCCGCCCCUUCUGGUGGGCUGGGGCUCUUGUGCUCGCAGCCCAGUGAAGAUCCUGGGGAAGGUCAGACAAGUAGGCUCAGUCACUCAGUAGCCAUUCCUGGGAGAGUUGGAGGCAGCCCAGCUCAGUGAUAGCCCCUGGCUUCAGAAAAGCAGCUAAGCCAAGGGAAGGGGCCUCAUACCAAGAGCUUUUCCUUCCCACUCUGUAUCCUCACCUCGAUCCCCCACAUCAAUCACUCCCCAAAUCUGGAAAACAAGGAAUCUAGGACAGGGCAGGUGACAAGGGAGAAGGGCAGGAAAGUUGAAAGGGAAGAAGGAGCAAAAGAACCAAGAAUGUCUUGAGAAGCACCUGGUUCACACUUUUCCUUUUCUUCCUGGUGGGCCAAUGGGGGUCAUCAGAUCAGGGAAGAAGGUACCCUCAGAAUGAAUGUAGCCCAGAGACGGGGGUCUUGCAGUGGCUGAGGUUGGGGGUCUUUCUGAGAGAAGAGAAAACUGUAGUCCACUCGCCUGAGAUGAACCUGUUGGAGGCUGGGCUCAUCUUUGCACUGCAUCCCUGACCCCCUCCUAGCAGGGUGGGCACUGGGGGAGACCCAGACGAGGAAGGAGAACAAUAGAGAAGAUGGGGCUGACAUGGAGAAUGACCUGGACAGGACUCUUAACAGACUUACCCUGGUCGGCGCUGAUGGUGGUAGGAGUGCCUAAGAGUUGGAGCGGGGUGGGGGCGGGGAGGGUGUCACCGUUUCCUUAGUGUCCUUUCUGGCCCUGCUCCCUCCUCCACCGCCAGGACCCCUAGCUUCAGGUUUAGGGGGUAGUGUUGCUGGAGAACCAGUCUCUCUCCCCGCACUUCCCAGCUCACCCUUUCACCGGGUUCCUCCCCCGAGCGGCAAAGAGGAGGGGGCGGGGGUAGGGGGAGCCAAUCCCGGCAGCGCCAAAGGGGGGAGGCGGCGGUGACAGCCAAGGGGAGGGGGCGGGAGAAGAGAGGCGGCUUGGCUCUAGCUUGGUGCUUAGCUCCGCUCUGCCUCCGGCUCUGCGCUCACCUACUGCCCAAGGCUCCUGCUCCUGCCCCAGGACCCGCAGCGGGACCCCAGUACAUCCCAGACAGCCCCAACCCAGACAGCGUGCAACGCCGCCAGGGGGCGCCGUGUGAGCGCCCUAUCUUGGCCACCCGGCGCCCCCUCCCACGGCCCAGGCGGGACGGGACGGGGGCGCCGGGGGCCAUGCGGGGCCAGGGCCGCAAGGAGAGUUUGUCCGAUUCCCGAGAUCUGGACGGAUCCUAUGACCAGCUUACAGGCCACCCUCCGGGGCCCACUAAAAAAGCGCUGAAGCAGCGGUUCCUCAAGCUGCUGCCUUGCUGCGGGCCCCAGGCCCUGCCCUCAGUCAGUGAAAACAGCGUGGAGGAUGAGUUUGAACUGUCCACGGUGUGUCACCGGCCAGAGGGUCUGGAGCAGCUGCAGGAGCAAACCAAAUUCACGCGCAAGGAAUUGCAGGUCCUGUACCGGGGCUUCAAGAAUGAGUGUCCCAGCGGAAUUGUCAAUGAGGAGAACUUCAAGCAGAUUUACUCUCAGUUCUUUCCUCAAGGAGACUCCAGCACAUAUGCCACUUUUCUCUUCAAUGCCUUUGACACCAACCAUGAUGGCUCUGUCAGUUUUGAGGAUUUUGUGGCUGGUUUGUCGGUGAUUCUCCGGGGAACCAUAGACGACAGACUAAACUGGGCCUUUAACUUGUAUGACCUCAACAAGGAUGGCUGCAUCACCAAGGAGGAAAUGCUUGAUAUCAUGAAAUCCAUCUAUGACAUGAUGGGCAAGUAUACCUAUCCUGCACUCCGAGAGGAGGCCCCAAGGGAGCAUGUGGAGAGCUUCUUCCAGAAGAUGGACAGGAACAAGGAUGGUGUGGUGACCAUUGAGGAAUUCAUUGAGUCUUGCCAAAAGGACGAGAACAUCAUGAGGUCCAUGCAGCUCUUUGACAAUGUCAUCUAGCUCCCUAGGAAAGGGGGUCAGUUGUCCUGGGGGGACCAUACUCUAGCCCUAGUGCAGGUGGAACUAGCCCUUCUCUUCCCAGGUCUGUCCUCAUCCUAGCCCAGCCCUGGGGGCUGUAGGAAUCUAAGAGCCUGGGGAUUCAGUGGUCCAGAUUGCUGGAGCUAAAGGGGCCAGGGCAUGGUUAGAAUGUAUCUGUGGGGUGUUCCCAACUCCCAACAGCUCCCACCCUCUUCCUGCCUGACACUCAGUGCUGAGGGUACCCCUGCUAUAGGAAAUAAGUGGUUCUGCACCUUCCAUCGCCACUUUAGAAACUACAACACUAGACAAAAUGUCUCCUGCUAUGGUGCUUUCCCUAUCCCUGACCUCAUAUGCAUUUCCUCUAAGAUUUCCUUCUCAGAGAGUCUGCUCUGUCCAUGCACUGACUGGCCUUUCAGACCGGGGCCUUUGAGAGCCUUGUAGGAGGAGGACAAGAAGGCCUGAGCCAAGUGGUUAGAUCAUAGAUGGCUGGGGUAGAGUUCAGAAAGGCCUGGAGAUUGUCAGUGACACCUUAAGUCAUGCCAGACUAUAGCUCUGAGCUCCACAGGUUUGCCAUUCCAGGCUAUCAGAAUAUGAAUUUCAGGCCCUUCAGAAGACUCUUGUCUCCUUGGAAAUAUACCCCAGAAAUUUCCAUACUCUCCUCAGUAUUCCAGGAGAGCCUGGGAUCCUGAUGUUUGGCUCAUGCCUGGAAUUCCUUCCUCUCCUUACUUUCUGUUUGUGGGGGUGGAGGCAGCAGCAGGGGAAUAUGGGUGGGAGAUGUCCCAGCUGUAUCUGCCAAAGUUUUAGCCUACCCUCCCUGAUGGCUACAACUUAAGUUUUCAUUUGCCAUUUCUUCUAGACUUGGAGGCAUGGAGUGAGUCAGGGACCAUCCAGUGGAUGCCUUAGAAGAAAGGGGAAGGAGGCAGGCAGGCAUAGCAUGCCUGUGAGGGGGCAUUCACUAGAAUCUUUGAUCUACCCAGGCUCUGUUCCCACAC